GAGGUAGUGUGGCGUCUGCCAGGAAACAGACGAGGGCCGAUGCCGGGAGUAACUCGCCGCACUGAGCACAGAGCUAAUCCUCAGGGUAGACCAAUAGAUUAUCUUGAUUCACUUUACGGCAGUGCUAUGUGGCCGAGCUCCAGGUUAUGAUAGAAGUGUCCGCGCUCGCUUUACGGCAGUAUGCAUUCCAGGCAAUGACAGUUCUGCGACAGAAGCAUCUGGAAACGUUGCUCGCCUUACGGCAGUGUGGCAGGGAUGGCGUCCCCGUUUAGCGGAGUGUUGCAGCUGACCGAUCUGGACGACUUUAUCGGACCGUCACAGGACUGCAUUAAGCCAGUUAAGGUUGAGAAGAAAAUUGGAAAAGGAGCCGCUAAGAUCCGAAUUGAAGAUGAUGGAAGUUAUUUCCAAAUCAAUCAGGAUGGAGCGUCCCAGAAGUUGGAAAAAGCAAAAAUUACCCUGAACGAUUGCUUGGCCUGCAGCGGCUGUGUGACCUCCGCUGAAAGUAUUCUUAUCACACAACAGAGCCACGAGGAGCUGUACAAGAUACUGGCGGAGAACAAAACAUUGGACCCGUCUCAGGGCAAGCUGGUUGUGGUGUCUGUCUCUCCUCAGUCCCGGGCUUCUCUCGCUGCAAAGUAUAACCUUAAUAUCCAGGAGACCGCUCAGAAGCUGACGGCGUUCUUCAAGCAGUUGGGGGUGCACUAUGUGUUUGACACUAGUUUCUCCCGGAACUUCAGCCUGCUAGAGAGUCAGCGAGAGUUUAUACGCCGCUAUAAGAGGCAGAAGGAGGAGAAGACGGCUCUCCCUAUGUUGGCCUCGGCCUGCCCAGGCUGGAUUUGUUAUGCAGAGAAAACCCACGGCUCUUUUAUCAUCCCAUACAUCAGCGUCACCAAGUCCCCACAGCAAGCAAUGGGAUGGCUGGUCAAGAACCACUUAGCACAGGAAAAGAGCUUGAAGCCAAACCAGAUUUACCAUGUGACGGUGAUGCCGUGUUAUGACAAGAAGCUGGAGGCAUCCAGACCGGACUUCUUUAACCAGGAGUACGAGACACGAGACGUGGACUGUGUCAUUACCACAGGAGAAGUAUUGCGGAUGUUGGAGCAAGAGGGAAUAUCGUUAUCAGAUGUGAAUCCCUGUCCCCUGGAUACGCAGUUCAGCAGCGUGCUUGGCGAGGAGCCGCUGGGACACGAAGGCGGGGGAUCCGGCGGAUAUCUGGAGCAUGUGUUCAAAUAUGCAGCACAAGAAUUGUUUGGAAUCCAUGUGAAUGACAUCAAAUACAAGACCUUAAAGAACAAGGACUUCCAGGAGGUGACGCUGGAAAGGGAUGGGGAGGUAUUACUGCAGUUUGCACUGGCGUAUGGUUUCCGGAACAUCCAGAACCUGGUGCAGAAACUGAAAAGAGGACGCAGCUCCUAUCACUAUGUCGAGGUGAUGGCCUGUCCUUCAGGCUGUUUGAAUGGCGGCGGACAGAUCCGCGCAGAAGGAGAGGCUGGCAAGGACUUGCUCCACAGGGUUGAGCAGCUGUACGCCUCUGUGAGGUGUGAGCCACCAGAGCGGGAUGACCGAGUGAAGGAACUGUAUGAUCAAUGGCUAGGGGGCAGAGACGGUGCCCAGGUGGUGGAGGCCUUACACACACAAUACCACGCCGUGGAGAAAAUCUCUUCUGGACUCGGUAUUAAAUGGUGAUCGGUGGACAGAAGUCUGCAUUAUACAAAUGCGUUCUAUGCGCUGCUUCUGGGAAGCUGUGAGGACAAGUGACAUCACCGUGCUUCUCAACAUCUGUCCUUCAUAUCCAUGAUCUGCUGACCACGUCCCGUGCUAAGAUCUCACACCUGUAUCCUGAUAGGCCUCACCCUCUGUGCACACGCCAAGCCAUGACUGUACUGGGAAGCCAUAGGCAAUUGGGAGCUGUGCUUAUUAUACCUAGGCUUGCCAUAAUAUCCCUUUAAUCCGGGAAACCUAUGAUUUACACAGGUUCCAUGGCUGGCUCUGUUUUUACUCAGCCAAGUGUUAAUCAUAGGUAUCACGUAUUAGAGGGCUAUUACGGCAAGCCUGAUUAUACCGAUAAAAAUUCCAAAAAGCCUCUUAUGAUCCGCUUCUCUCAUCUCUCCCUCAUUGGGAGGUCCAGAAUAAAGGCGGACGAAUGAGAAGAUGCUCCUGCGCGCAUUGCCUUAUUUUAUUCUGAUUAGUUGCUGUAUGGGUAUGCGGUUAGCAUACCUCUUGUCGGGAUCCCGGCUGUCACAAUUCCAAUGCCGGGAUUCCGACAGGGGUACCAUACCGCCGCCGAUAUACCGGCGAGUUAGGCGAUUCCCCCUCUAUGGGUGUCCACGACACCCAUAGAGGGAGAAAAAACCUGUGGUGAGCCUAGCUUCGUUGCGCUCUCCCCCUUUCCGGCACUCUACCGCUCGGGAUGACAAAAUCGGGAUAGAAAGAAUACUAUAUAGCUUUAUUGGGUGGAAAGAGAAACUCUGAGGUAAGAAUAUUGCAUUAUUUAGUGUUGGUGUCUCUUCGUGUCUUGGUAUAUAUAAAAUAUAUGUAUAUACAAUCUAAUCUGUGACAGCAGGAACCAGUGUUAUAGCUUCAUUCAGUAACACAUAUGACGUCCGGUUCAUGUGCAGUGAGACAAUUGCUCGCGGGAGGGACAGCUGCACUAUAGUAUUGCUGUUCUAGCUCUGACUUACUGGAAAGGUUGUAAUGUAUUUAUAGAAAAAAUAUAUAUAUGUUUUACAAUCCCGUUGCGCAAAAUUUGUAUACAUAUAUUUAAUUUAUGAACACGUUUGAUUCUUGGUAUAAUAUAAAGGGGUGAAUCAAUGGCAGUUUAAGAGAGGAGCGGGCCUGUGUCCAGGCUGUUUGGACCCUUUCCUCUCCAGCAGCAGCACUACUGUAGACUCAGGCAGCUGGCUGUGUACCAGUCUACUGUGCAUGUGCAGGGCUCUUGGAACAUGGCGCCAGUGCCUUGUUCGCCGGGACAUCUCUGUUACACAUGUGCAAAUCACUGGGAAAAUGGCCGCCGCUCAAUUUUCCCAGUGAUUUCUGUCUGCGGCGCCGGCCACAGCAGGACUCAAGAGUGGUAAGCAUAAUUACAUGGGUACAGGGUGUUCAGUGUGGACCCGCUAGGAGCCCAUGUGCACCGCACUCCUUGCACCCCUUAUCGACAUGCCAAUUGUGUGAACCUUAAAAUGAUCAUAUUGAAUUGAAUUAUAUUCUAUUGUGUUGGUCAUUAAAUCUUGUUUUUGUUGCAUUGA